GACGAGCUGCAUGCCGCCUUUCUCCAGCGUCAGCGCGCUCUCUGCGCAUUCCCGCUGGAGCUAGGAUAAGUCUUACGCUAGUCAUAGCGCUAUGGAGAGAGACGACGACGGGGGGUCCUCCAGGACUUCAGGGACCGCGUCGAGCGCAGGGCCCGGCUCUCAAACCUCGUCGCAGCGCAGCGACGCCAAGUUUCUCAAACUGCGCGAGAGGAACUCUUCUGAGCGCGAUGAGGUGGACCUGUUGGAGCAGAGGAAAACCCUGCAGGAGGGAAUCUUCCAAUGCAUGUACACGCUGGUACGCCAGGUGGCACUUAGCAGCUGGAAGUUCGCGCUCAUAAAGAUUGUGCUGGAGGGGCUGUGUAGCCUAAUCGUCGUUUUCAACCCCAGUAUGCGCGCGUGGAAGAUCGACACGAACAACCCAGUGUGGCAGGUCAUCCGGUGGACGGUGUGGCGUUCUCCGAUCAUGAGACUUUACGGCUAUGACACCUACAUCUUGGUUCUGUACAUUAUGGUUGCAGCCGUAUUUGUGGCCCUGAUGGGGCUGGUGUGGCUGACGCUGGCGAUGCGCCGGCAGGAGCACUCCAAAUGGCUCAAGACCUUCGCGACCGCGCUUCAUGUCCUGUUCGAUGUCAUGUUCAUCCAGUUGUACAUCUCGUUCUUUGACUACUUUGUGUUUGCGGCCAACUGCAACUUCACCAGUCCCGUCAAGAAUCACGUGUACUUCACGGAUGUCAUGUGCUUGGCGAUGCCGCACAUCCUGCACUUGAGCGUGGCGGGGGUCACCGCGUUCCUGUUCUUCGCCAUCACAGCCUUCAUGGUCAUCGCCUCGUCAGACCUCAACCCUGUAUCGCGUGGGUACUUAGCCUCGCCCGCUGCUGUCACGCGACUGAAGAUCCUGUGCGCAAAAGCCAUCUACGUCAUUGUGGCUGACGAUAUGCAGAGCUGGCCCAAACCCCAGGCCAUUAUCAUCCUCCUCAGCGUCCUCCUCAUCUGGUGGUGGAACUUCCGAAGGUUGCCCUUCUACCGACCGGUCGUCAACGUGGUGUGGUGUUCCAUGUGGUCGGGCAUCCUGUACGUGGCUGUCCUGCUCGCUGUGGUGGAGUUCAAGAGCGGCGUCAAGACCAUUGAGUAUCGCACCGACAUGACGAUGAAUGUGCUGUACGGCAUCUUCCCGGUCAUCGUGGGAAGCUGGUUUGUGUGCGCCGCACACAACUGGUGGGUGAUGCGAGCCUCCAACAAGUUCAAGAACCUACCGCCGGGCGUCAAGCUGAGUCGCGUGCAUAAGGUAGACGACCCGCAAGAGGUGGAGGUGCUCAGUCGCGUCAUGCGCAAGUUCGACAUCGACGGCGUGGUGGACGAGGAGACGGGGGCGCUGGGUGAGACGGUCAUCAAGGCCGGGCUGCAGGCAAUGCCCAACUCGCCAUUCCUCUACAUCCUCUAUGCGAACUUCCUGCUGGAAGUGAAGAAGGACGGCCCCGCCAGCCGCACACAGCUGCAACUAGCCGCCAAACACGGGCCCAGCUUCAUUGAGCGAUACCAGAUCUUCUGCACGGGCGAGGCCAGCAAGAAGCUCAAGGAUAGCCAGGAUGGCGGCAUGGACUUGCAGGCCUACAUCGAGUUCAGGCGCAACUUCAGGGCGGUGGUGCGUGUACACAAGGAAGUGCUGCUGCUACAGGCGGAGCUGUGGGGGCUGCUGGCCAAGUCGUCCGUCAAGGUGCGCGAAGUGGACAAAGCAUUUGACGAGCUGGAGGCCGGCACACAGCGCGCGCACCAGGUGUACAAGAGGGUGCUGGAGCGCUACCCAACCAACGGCAAACUGCUGCGUGUGUACGGCAAGUUCCUGGAGGAUGUGAAGCACGACCCCGUGGCAGCCACCCGUGCCUUCGCCGAGGCCUCGCGCAACGGCGGCGGCGACGCCAUCAUGAACCUGGACCUGAGCGCGGUGCAGGGCAACCCCAGCAAGCCCGACUUCCUGACGUCCAUGUCCAUGGAGGAUGACGCCGUGAUUGUGAUCAACGCGGAGGGCACCAUCAUGAUGUGCAGCCAGGCGGUGUCGCGCGUGUUUGGCUACGGCAAGGGCGAGCUGGAGGGCAGCAACGUGUCAGUGCUGAUGCCGCCGCCCUUCAGCCAGCGCCACGCCUCCUACCUACAGCGCUACGCGGGUGGUGGAGAGCCGCGCAUCCUGGACAGCGUGCGCGAGGUCAUCGCGCUGCACAAGGAGCGCUACGUCAUGCCCAUGUCGCUUUGCGUGACCAAGAUGAGUGGUACCGGUACCGACAGUGUGUUCCUGGGCGUGGUCCGGCCCAUGGCGAGCAGCACGCGCAACGUGCGGUGCUGGGUGGCGCCCUCGGGCGUCAUCUUGUGCGGCGACCAGCAGUUCGCAAGCAUGAUCGGCGUCACGGAGGGCGAGGUGGUGGGCCGCACGCUGCUGUCUCUGGCCGCCAGCCCGCCCUCCGACAUCGAGCUGCUGCUUGAGCGCUGCCGCGACGCCACCGCGUCCGAGCUCGAGUCCCGCACCAUGACUGCCAGCCUGCUGUUGGCGCACCGCUACCUGGACCCCGUGCCCGUGGACGUCACCCUCGGCAUGGCGGGCACGGACAACCAGCGCAUUUACGUGCUCACGUGCAACCGCACCGACGGCGAGGAGGGCAACAUGAUUGUGGUGGACACACACAUGCGCAUGCGGUUUUGCUCGGCAGGCGUGUCCACACUGCUCGGUUUCCCCAUGCGCAAGUUGGCCACCAUGAAGCUGGACCAGCUGCUGCCGGCGCCGUACAACACACUGCAUGCCAAGUGGCUCAAGGACCCGCCCGUGACGCCCGCCAUCACCAGCUGCCGCUCGGGCCGGGUGGUGCACCUUGUUAACGAGAACGGCAACCAGGUGCCUGUGCGAAUCAAGGUCCGCAGCACCACCGGCGGCCAGCAGCAGGACGGCAUGUCGCUGUAUGUGGUGUCGAUCGACAAGGUGCCGGCGGAUGAGCUGUACGACGAGAAGCGGUUGGUGGUUACGACCAGCUUUGACGGCCGCGUGCUGGAGGUGAACCGGCCCGAGGCGGAGCUCUUCGACUUCCGGGCUGGCGAGCUGCUGGGCCACAGCCUGCAUGACUUCGUGGACGUGUUUACCGAGUGGCGUGACCGCAACGGCGCCGACCAGAUGCAGCUGUUCAUCAUGGCGCUGCUGGAGAAGGAGAAGGAGACGCCAGGCUCUUCCUGGCGUGUGCGUGUCCAGGCGCCGCCCACUGAGGCCGCGCCGCACCUGCCCGCGAUCAACGGCGCCCAGAUGCCCGGGGCCAAAGGCGCCAAACGCGUCUCCCGCUCCGCCUGCCUCCAGGUGGAGCUGGAUGAGAGCGAGGUGUUGGACGAGGACGGCAAGCCCGUGCUGGACGAGUUCGGGCAGCUCGCCAUCCGGCUGCGAGUCACGUUGUGGCGGCGCGAUCUGCUGGCCGGUGUGGUCGAGAUGGACGAGCAGAUGGUGAUCAAGAAAGCCAACAUCAUGGCUGGGCUCAUUGUGGGCCUGCCUUCCUCCAUCCUGGGAAAGAAGCCGCUGCAGAAGUUCAUUGACGGCGUGGACGCCAACACCACGUGGACCCAGCUGGUGGAGAAGCACUCCAAGGGCCACAGCAAGAAGCGCUCUGCGCUCAAGGGUGCCGCGGACCAAGGCACCGUCAGCCCCCAAAUGGCCUUCAUUGGGCCGCACCCCGACACCGGCAACAUGCGCAUCUUCCUUCAGGGCGUGUCGGCUCUGGCGCCCGGCGGCCGCCCCCGCGUGACAAUCACGGUGCACCCGGAUGUGACAUUCGCCGCCGCGCACGCUGACCUGAUGCGCGUGCUGAAGCUCGACCAGCUGCUGGCACAGGCGUCUCAGGUGCACCGCCAGCACCUGGCCUCCCGUGGCAACGAGGCCGCGGGGUUAUCCCGAGCUAACACACAGCGCGGGCAGCACCCGCAGGGCCAAGCGGAGCAGGCGCAGCACGAGGGUGCUGACGGUCACCUGCGCGCUCCACCGGAGGAAGGCAUGGACGGGGCCGCAGGCAGCGGCGCCAGCGAUGCCGCAGGCGGCGAACAGGGUGCCGGCGACCAGAGCGAGGAUGGCGAGGGCGAGGGCCGCGUGUCAGAUGAUGAUGAUGAUGAGGUGAAUCCGGCGGCAGCAGCUGCUGGCGGCGCGUUGGACGACACGGGUGGCCGUGACCUGGUUGCCGAGGACCAGGCCCGCCUCCACCGCAAAGCAGGCAGCAAGUCCGAGUUUGUGGAGCAGUGGGUGCGCACCCUCACCAACCGCACCAGCGGCGGCCUCGAGGCGGCAACAGCAACAGCAACAGGCGGCCACCAGCAUCACUCGCACGAGCGACGCGCGUCAGGCCAGCAGCAGCUGGCACCCUCCCGCUCCAGCUCCAACGUGCCUCCCAGCACGCCCCCCACGGCCUACGGCGCAGCGCACAGCGGUGGCCUCUUGGCAGCUAUCCCCGAAGAGGGCGUGCUGGCCCUCACUGAGGCCAGCCGACACGGCGGCGAUGCCUUUGGCGCUGCCAGUCGCCAAACGUCUCGCUUCCUUGAGAGCCCUGUAGAGGGCAAGCAGCGCGGCGCACCGGCGCAGGAGCUGAUGAUGGGUCCGGAUGCCGCGAAUGGCGGCGGCGGCGGCGGCGGCGGUACCGGUGAUGACGCCAAGGGCGAUGGGUGGGAGAAGGGCAGCGAGGGCGGCGAUUCGAGUGCAGACGGCAGCCAGGCCGCCAGCGGCAUCUCCAGCGCCACGGACGGCUCCACGGGCGGCACGGAGCUGCUGAUUGACAGCCGGCGCGCGCGGCUGCUCAAGGCGCUGAACAAGAUGCUGCUGGGGCCCACGCUGGCAGACCCCAUGGAGAAACUGCGCGUGCACAGCUACGUGCUGCUGGCGCUCAUGAUGAUCAUGCACAUCGCCUCCUACAUCAUCAUCAAGCACGAGAUCGACAGCGAGUACCACGACGUGCAGCUGGUCUACCGCCAAAGCCUGGCCAUGGACCGCUCACAGCUCAUCGUGGUCCGUGCUAUGAUGGGCGCAUACUGCGCGAGGGACAACGUCACCGCCAAGGUGGGCGUGUGCGCCAACUCGCUCAACUUUACGAUCGGCAAGAUUACGGAGAACAUUCUUUUCAUGGAGAGCCACCAUCAGUUUGUGUACAUGGGCGACUCAUCCGCCAAAACAGUCAAGCUGUCCGGCCGGGUGUACGACGCCUGGACGGAGCCUGACUACCGAUACAAUGCCUGGAUGGACACAGCCAACCCCCGCUUCUACAACCAGACCGGCGGCGUCUGGAUCCUGGGCAGUCGCUUCAUUGCGGCCGCGAGAGAGGCCAUGUUCUGGCUGCGAGCGCUGGGGGCCGAGUACAGGCUGCACCGCACCUACAAGUUCCUGGUAGACAACGGGCUGGGGGCGCUGUUCACCUCGUACGCGCACAGCCUGGAUCUGCUGGUAGACAGCGCCUGGAGGAGCGUGGACGACCUCAAGAAGGUGCUCAUCGUGCUGCUGGUGGUGGAGGGGCUGGUGGUGCAGCUGGGCUGCCUCAUCUACGAGUGGGUGCUGGUGCAGCGCGUGGAGCGGGCGCGUGUGUACCCGCUGUUGGCCAUGGUGGGGCUGCCGGGGCCGGUGCUGAGGCAGAUGGGCAGCAGGGACGCACAGCUGGCGCUCGACGAAAGCGAUGAUGAUGAUGACGGAGACCAGAGCGACCAAGAGGAUGAAGGCAAGGGCGGAGGCGGAGCCCACGACGAUGCCGCCUCGCAACAGGACGGUGGCGGCGGCGAUGGCGGCGGGGCCUCGGGCAACGCCCUCGCAGCCAAGCUGGCGGGGGGCAAGACGCAGAAAGCCCUGAUGGUUGGGGGCUCGGCGGAUGGCGUGGGCGCGGCUGCGAUUGCGAAACACGCAACGGACGAAUCCUCCGCGAUGGGGAACGGCGAGCAUCACCACCACCACCACCACCACCACCGCCACAACAAGCACGGAAGCGAGUCGGGCGCGUCGGGCGCCGGCGCCGUGAUAAAAUUGAAGGAGGCGCGUGUGGAGGGCCUGCGUGUGAACGGCAAAGACCUGAUCCCCAACCGCGUCAACGUCAUCACAUUCAUGGCUCCCUUCGCGCUGUGGAACAUCGUACUCAUUGUCAUCUACGCCAUCAGCUUUGUUCAGCUCAACGGAAUGCAGCAGCCGCUGGCAUCCCUCAACAUGGCCAGUCGGGUCAUCUACCGCUACACGCGUGUGCGUGCCGUCGCCUUUGGCUUCGUGUCGCAGGACUCCAUUGCGGAGCGUGAGUCAUGGCGGGAGCAACUCGUACGGGAGCUGUCGUAUUUCGAGUCGGAGUACAACAGCCUGAUGUACGGAGGCACGCCCAUCACGCAGGUCAAUGCGAUUUUCAACAAGCCUGUGCCUGCCAGCACCUUCGCGUCCGCCUCCUUCGCGUCUGAAUUUUUCCGUGAGAAGCGAUGCUUCCGCUACGAGCAGGACACGUGCUUUAAGCCAGGCGACCAAUACUAUGAGGUCACACACAACGGACUAGAUGUCAUGUGCCGGCGCAUGAUCUCUGAGAUGCACCUGCUGACGCAAGACUCCGACCAGGAUGUCGCCUACAACGGCUCCAGGUAUCUGUACAUGUCGUCUGUGGGCGGCUACGACCUAUACGAGGGGCUGCAGCAGGCGGCCGAACUGUUCGUCAAGUACUCGGAGGGCCGCUACAAUGACGUGGCCACGCUGCACGCCAUCCUGCUGGUCGUCUGCAUCGUGCUGGUGGUGGGCUACCUGCUGCUGGUGCUGUGGCCGCACCUGGGCCGCGUCAAGUCGUACGCGGAGCGCCAGGCCGGGCUGCUGAGUCACGUGCCCCCCGAGGUGGACGUGCGGGGCCACGUGAGGCACGUGCUGCGCCGUGCGAUGGCCACCAUCGGCUGGCGCCCCAGCCGCCUCGUCGGGGGCCGCGGUGGCACCGGCGGCGGCGGCAAUGGUGCGGGCAGCGGGCGGCGGAGGGCGCGGCGGUCGUUGGCGCUGGGCGCGCCGAGUGCGGGAAAGCAAAUGAGUUCGGAGCUGGGCGCGGGCGGCGGCGUGGUGGUGGCCGCGGGCAUGCCGUCUGUGGCGUGAGCAAGCGGGCGCUGAAGUUUGCGGGGUGGGGCUGCUGGUGUGGCUUGCUUUAUAGAGGGCCCGUGAGGCGUACCUGUCACGCCGCGGCGCCAGAGAAACAAUAAAUCAAGCUGCCCGUGUGCGGCGUGCAUGCCUGAAUUGCUUUGUCAACAUUUGGUCAAUGCGGGGCCCAGAGCUAGCUGGUGGGUGCUGCUGCUGACGCCAUGCCAGCAUCUGCUGGGGCGGGCGAUGGCGCAGCUCAGCCCAAUGCAUGUUACUGUGCAUCGACGAGCAGAGUGGAGCGGGGAAAGUGGGCGAGGCGAUGAGUGAAGAGUCGCUUUCUGAUGCGUGACCGGGCUGUUCAAUGCCCAUGAAUAACGUUUUCGGCUUCAGGCCUCGGAUGCAAAUGAGUGUGAGCGGCGCGUGGCACGGCUCCUGCAAGUAUUUGCAAUGCGGGCCCGCGCCUGAGCUUCUUCCUCUUCAUCUUUAUUUGUUAUGUUUGCGUUCGCAGCUCGCGGUGAGAGGCUUGAACGUUUUGGGGUGAGGCCCCAGUGUGAAGUGGCACUCGGGGUCCCAGUAACCCACAAACACCCCUGCUGUCAUGGCAGGACCUCCCGCCACCGACUGACAGAUGCCGCUGGCAAACAAUUUAUGCACACACGAAUACCCACAAUAAACUGUACGGUAACACCGUAAUGGAGAACCAUAGUUCGUUCGUGGCGGAUACUCGGCACCAAGUGACACGGUUACGCGAUGCUUGGUCGGGCUUGUACGGGAGUCGCUGGGUUAUGUGAGCUGGGCUCCUGCAAGAGCCCUUGUACGGUACCGGUAUUGGGGCGCGUUCCGAAGCCAUUGUGCCGAUUGUGGGCAGGCGCGCGGGCGCUGAGGCACGGUUGUGGUAGGCGAUGACCUUACCCGGCCCGCCCGGGCACACGUAGGAUGGAAGUAGGAGGAGAGAAGCAGUCCCUAAUAUCCAUUGUGCCAUCUCUGGCGUCUGCCAGUCCGGCGGCAGACCGGCGUACGAUCCGUGACAUGAGUAAUUGCACAACCUGGUGCGGCUUCGUGCAUGUCUCGCCCUCUUACGCCGUUUCUUAGAUGGCUUGCUGGUAGACGCUGGCGUAGGCUGCUUCGGUGUGGACCGCGCACGGUGGGGGCAGCGUGUCGUACACGACAGUGACACUCCGCUGGCAGGGGUGGGUUGUACGACGACUUAAUUGCCACGGUGCCAGCUGUGCCGCAGUGGGUGAGCUAGCUUGCUGCGGCCGCGUGGAUGCAUGUUCAAACACGCCUGUUGGCCAAGCACGGUGGCGGCUGGAAUAUCUAGGGUUCUAGCCUGACUGCCAAACCCAGUGGCGGCGAACGGGGUCUUUAGUACAUGUUUAAGUCUGAAGCCUUGCCUGCGCAGCCCGGGCAGCCAGUACUCCCAGGGGUAGCUAAUUGGCCGGCGUUGAUGCGAAACGUGUGCAAGCAGACGUGUACAGCAUCAGGAGGCUAGGCAGCCAUAGUAAGGCCAGCCACAUUUCCGAUCCUAUGAAACCCUAUGCAGUAU